GAAGUCCAGAAGAUGAGUGUUUGUGUGGAGGAAGAGGAGGACAGAGCAGAGUCUCCAGGAUCCAUCUGUCUGUCUAUGAAGAGUGACCGGUCCAAAGGAAAACCUCCAGUCUUCAGUAAUGAACCUGGACCCUCAGACACAAAACUGAGAGCAGAGUCUCCAGGAUCCAUCUGUCUGUCUAUGAAGAGUGACCGGUCCAAAGGAAAACCUCCAGACUUCAGUAAUGAACCUGGACCCUCAGACACAAAAAAGAAGAAGAGGAGUGAUGUUUCUGUGGAGGAAAGAUCCAGACCAGGACCUGGACUGCAGACAGCCAGUCAGACCAGCACUGUACAAACAGAUAGUGGUCUGCAGGAGGUUUUAGAUGAACAUCAGAUCAGUCUGAGGAGGAGAUGUGAACGUGUGACUGAAGGAACUGAUGGAACAGGAAGUAGAACCCUCCUCAACAGGAUCUACACUGAGCUCUACAUCACAGAGGGACAGAGUGAAGAGGUUAAUACCCAACAUGAGGUGAGGCAGCUGGAGACAGCUUCCAAGAAGAAGACCCUCCAUGACACUCCAAUCAGGUGCCAGGACAUCUUUAAAGCCUUACCUGACCAACAGAGACCCAUCAGAGUGAUUCUGACCAACGGCGUCGCUGGUGUUGGAAAAACCUUCUCAGUGCAGAAGUUCACUCUGGACUGGGCAGAGGGCUCAGAAAACCAAGAUGUCAGUCUGCUGGUUCUGCUUUCGUUCAGGGAGCUGAACCUGAUCAGAGAUGAGCAGUACAGUCUUCUCACGCUGCUCCAUGUUUUCCAUCCAACAUUACAGAAGGUCACAGCAGAGAAGCUGGCUGUCUGUAAAGUUCUGUUCAUCUUUGACGGCCUGGAUGAAAGCAGACUUUCACUGGAUUUCAACAACAGGAAGGUUGUGUCUGACGUCACACAGAAGUCAUCAGUCAACGUGCUGCUGACAAACCUCAUCCAGGGGAAUCUGCUUCCCUCGGCUCUGGUCUGGAUAACUUCCAGACCUGCAGCGGCCAAUCAGAUCCCUCCUUCAUGUGUUGACAGGGUAACAGAAGUACGAGGCUUCACUGACCCACAGAAGGAGGAGUACUUCAGGAGGAGAUCCAGUGAUGAAGAGCUGUCCAACAGAACCAUCUCACACAUCAAGACCUCCAGGAGCCUCCACAUCAUGUGUGGAGUCCCAGUCUUCUGCUGGAUCACUACUACAGUUCUGGAGCACAUGUUGACUACAGAGCAGAGAGGAGAGCUGCCCAAGACCCUGACUGACCUGUACUCACACUUCCUGCUGGUUCAGACAAAGAGGAAGAAGAACAAGUACCAUGAGGGAUGUAAAGAAAAGAAGAAGAAAAACAAGAAUAAGAGUCAACAGGAGCUGACGGAGGCUGACAGGGAAGUUCUUCUGAAGCUGGGGAGGCUGGCGUUUGAACAACUGGAGAAAGGAAACAUCAUGUUCUACCAAGAAGACCUGGAGCAGUGUGGUCUUGAUGUGACAGAGGCCUUGGUGUACUCAGGAGUUUGUACAGAGAUCUUCAAAAGAGAGAGUGUGAUCUUCCAGAAAACAGUCUACUGCUUUGUUCAUCUGAGCGUUCAGGAGUUUCUGGCUGCAGUCUACAUGUUCCACUGUUUCACCAACAGGAACACACAGGUACUGAAGAAGUUCCUGGGGAAAGACUGGAACAACAGGGACUCAAAGCCAGAGUCUUUUCUCAAGAAGAUUUCUAAGUCUUUUGGGAAAGACAACAGCAGUGACUCAUCACUCAAUGUCUUCCUGAGGAGAGUCAUGGAGAAAUCCCUUCAAAGUAAAAAUGGUCACCUGGACCUGUUUGUUCGCUUCCUUCAUGGCCUCUCUCUGGAGUCCAACCAGAGACUCUUAGGAGGUCUGCUGGGUCAGACAGAGAACAGUCCAGAAAUCAUCCAGAGAGCCAUCAACAACCUGAAGGAGAUGAACAGUGAUAAAAUCUCUCCUGACAGAAGCAUCAACAUCUUCCACUGUCUGAUGGAGAUGAACGACCACUCAGUUCAUCAGGAGAUCCAAGAGUUCCUGAAGUCAGAGAACAGAUCAAAGAAGGAACUCUCUGAGAUCCAGUGCUCAGCUCUGGCCUACAUGCUGCAGAUGUCAGAGGAGGUUCUGGAUGAGUUGGACCUGAAGAAGUACAAGACAUCAGAGGAGGGACGACUGAGGCUGAUCCCAGCUGUGAGGAACUGCAGGAAGGCUCAACUUUAUGACUGUGGACUCUCAGAGACUCACUGGGAAGUUGUGGCCUCAGCUCUGAAGUCCAACCCCUCCCAUCUGAGAGAACUGGACCUGAGUGGAAACAAGCUGCAGGAUUUAGGAGUGAAGCUGCUGUCUGCUGGACUGGAGAGUCCAAACUGUAAACUGGAGACUCUGAGGUUGUAUGACUGCAGUUUGUCAGAGAUCAGCUGUUCUUCUCUGGUCUCAGCUCUGAAGUCCAACCCCUCCCAUCUGAGAGAACUGGACCUGAGAGGAAACAACCUGCAGGAUUCAGGAGUGAAGGAUCUGUGUGGUUUUCUGCAGAGUCCAGACUGUAGACUGGAGACUCUGAGGUUGUGGAACUGCAGUUUGUCAGAGAUCAGCUGUUCUUCUCUGGUCUCAGCUCUGAAGUCCAACCCCUCCCAUCUGAGAGAACUGGACCUGGGUAACAACAACCUGCAGGAUUCAGGAGUGAAGGAGCUGUGUGGUUUUCUGCAGAGUCCAGACUGUAGACUGGAGACUCUGAGGUUGUGGAACUGCAGUUUGUCAGAGAUCAGCUGUUCUUCUCUGGUCUCAGCUCUGAAGUCCAACCCCUCCCAUCUGAGAGACCUGGACCUGAGUAACAACAAGCUGCAGGAUUCAGGAGUGAAGGAGCUGUGUGGUUUUCUGCAGAGUCCAGACUGUAGACUGGAGACUCUGAGGUUGUGGUCCUGCAGGUUGUCAGAGAUCAGCUGUUCUUCUCUGGUCUCAGCUCUGAAGUCCAACCCUUCCCAUCUGAGACAUCUGGACCUGGGUAACAACAACCUGCAGGAUUCAGACCUGAAGCCUCUCCAUGAUCUUGUGAAGGACCCAGACUGUAGACUGGAGACUCUGAGGUGGAGGUUGUGGUGAGGAUGAGCUGUGUCCUGAUGAUCCAGAUGUUGAAGCAGCAGCAGCAGCAGCAGCUUGUGUGUAGAGAGGCUCUGACUGGACCAUGUUACUGGGAGGUAGAGUGGAGAGGAGAGCUUCAUCCAGCAGUGACUGACAGAGGAAUCAGAAGAAGCAGUCUGAACUGAUCUGAGAACAGCUCCACUGUCAGACACAGAGUCUAGUCCACCAUCAUCCCUGUGUGUUCCUCUGGAUCUGACAGAGGAUCAUUAGUGGAUCUGGACUUAAAGUUCAGAACGUUGCUCUCAACAGUUUCCAGGCUGAGCUUCACACUGGAACUCUGGAGGACGUUCAUCUCUCCAGCAGAGCUCAGAGACUUGGAGAAUCAAUGUGACAGAGCAGUGAAGAUGUUCUGGAGGUUUGUGGUGGAACAACAUCUCACUAAGACUCUUCAUGUUGUUAUUGUUGUCUGUACAUUUCUGGUGUUUUGGACUGAAGCACAGCUGUAGUCACCACUGAGGUCUCGAGGUGUUGGAAAAACAUUUAUAAGAUGACGGAUGAUCUCAGUUACACCUGAGACCUGCAGGGUGUGAGGUUUGGAUCCACCAGCAGGGGGCAGCAACCGUCCAACAUCCACACACUGUAAAUGUGUGAAGUGGCUGCAGUGUGUGAGCGACUUUAACACAACCAAAGCAGCAUUAAAGGAUCAGUGUUGAGUGAGUUUGCAGCUGUUCAGUCCUCCAUGAUGUGAUGACAGAGCCUGUUGAUUUCACUCUGAGCUGAAACCACAAUCAGACUUUCUACAAAGUUGAGUUGAUUUUUUUUGCUGAGUCAGAACUGCAGGUUUAGAAAUGAGGUUAUGCAACAGUCUGGAGUUAUAUAACAAACAGAGUCAGACUGCAGAGAGGGCUAAACACUUAUUAAAGGCUGAAUACCAAUAAAUAUUGAUCUUCUUUAGACGUCA